UUUCUGUGAUCAGUGGUUGCUCUCAAGAAAUUCUGCUACUCAAAAUUGAAGUUGGUUUAUCCCAAUAAUUCCAAGCUAUGGAUUCUCCCCGAAGAUGGAACAUUCCAGUGACUUUGGACACAGAACAAGCUGGACCUGAAGAUGAUAUCAUCCAGGUCCAAAGUCUUUCUGAAGAAGAAGAAGAAGAGGAAGCUUUGUGGGAGAAGAUUGAGAGUGUGCGACACCAACUAACUCGCUCUUUGAAUCCAGAAAAGCUGACACCCUACUUACGUCAGUGUCGUGUGAUAGAUGAGCAAGACGAAGAGGAGGUGCUGAGUGCCUAUCGGUUCCCAUGCAGGAGCAACCGAACAGGACUCCUGAUGGAUAUCCUUCGAAGGCGGGGGAAGCGAGGCUACGAGGCAUUCUUGGAGUCCUUGGAGUUCUAUUACCCUGAACAUUUCACCCGACUGACGGGAAAGCAACCUGUUCAGCGUUGCUCUAUGAUCUUGGAUGAGGAGGGUCCUGAAGGCCUGACUCAGUUCCUGAUGAUGGAGGUGAAGAAGGUGAGGGCCCAACGAAAGGAACACCUGGCCAAAGAACACCAGCUCCAGAUAAAAAACCAAGGCUUAGAAAAAGAAUGUAGCCAGUUGAAGCAACAGCUCCAGGGAUUACAGAAAGUGCAAGAAGGUUGGCAGAGGUUCCAAGAAGAGUGGGAUACCAAGAGCCUGGAGUUGCUAAGGCUGAAGGAUGAAAAUUAUUUGCUGGCCAUGCGCUUUGCACAACUAUGUGAAGAGAAAAACGCUGCUGUCUUAAGGAGUAGGGAUCUGCAACUUGGGAUAGAUCAAUUGAAAUGCAAGAUCGCUAGUAUGGAGGAAGAGUGUUCCUUAUUGAAGAAACAAACAUUAAUGGCCCCUCAGCGGGAGGUGGAGGAUCAUGGAUUUACUGACAUUUCUGAUUUGCAAGCUGAGAACCAGAGGUUAAUUGCUUCACUUCAGGAGUUGCAGAAUGUAAUGCAGAAAGCAAGGGAAGACCAUGUGCCAGGCUCUGAGAGGGUUCUUCUAGACAUUCUGGAGCAUGAUUGGAAGGAAGCACAAGCAGACCGACAGGAACUGUGUCAGAAGCUCAGCUCCUUACAGAAUGAGCUGCAGUGUGCUGAACAGCUGAGAGAUAAGUAUCUGCAGGAAAUGGAGGAUUUACAAUUGAAAUUCCAUACUCUGCAGAAGAACUGUGAUCUGUAUAAGCACAGAAUGAACACCGUGCUUUCUCAGCUAGAGGAGAUUGAGAAGGAAAGAGAUCAGGCCAUUCAGAGCCGAGAUGACAUUCAGCUCCAGUAUUCCCAAAGCCUCAUUGAGAAGGACCAAUACCGUAAACGUGUUCGGACUUUGGAGGAAGAGAGAGAUGACUUGCUGAGCAAACUCACACAGGCUGAGGGCACACUAGAGGGACAGUUGCAGCGAUGCUUGUGUAACAGAGGCCUCGCCAAGAAGAUAUGUUCCUCUUCUCAUUCACUCUACAGCAGCAGUUGGAGCAUAAUAGAGGAUGGGAUUGUAGAUUCACCAGACAUCCUGGACACUAUAUUCCCAAGAGACUCUGUAGGGCCAGAUGUGGAAGUGACUCCAGACAGAGAGAAAGAAAUAAACCGGCUCUCCAUCUUUCCCUUCCCCCCAUGUGCGGGUUCUAUACUUCGACGGCAGCGUGAAGAUGGGCCAACGGCUUUCAAGAGUUGGUCUUAUGGGUCCUUUGGUAGCAUGGAAGACUUAACAGGAAGUACCACCACCACAGCUUCUUCUGCCAGGUCACCUUCCUCUUCCAGCAGUGCACACACCAGGGCAAAAUCAGAAGCCUGCCUCUCCAGUGAUUGUGAUCAACAAAAGUUUGCCAGAAGAUCGGUUAUGGUGCAUUUGUCCAAUACAAGUCCCCUGAGUGUUCCAGCACUCCAGAGCAGGGGACUGACUGGAGAUAUUUCCAUCCUUGGAGGAAACAGAACCGGGAUUUAUGUCCAGUGGGUGAAACCAGGCUCAGAAGCUGAGAAGGCAGGACUCCGAGAGGGAUGUCGGCUCCUAGAACUUAGGGAGGCACAGCUAAAUGGAGAAGGGCUAUCUUUGGAGAACUGCACACUGGAGGUUGCUCACUUAAGCUUGUUGUACUGGAAGGACCCAUCUGCUCUUCUAUUCUCACAUGAUGUGAGAGGUUAUCAGCCUCUCAAAGAAGCAUUUGAUUCAAGAAAGAAAAUUCUUGGUGACUCAUUUUAUGUGCGUACUAACCUGAGCCUCUUGGAGCUUUCAAACCCUUAUGCUCUAUGUGUGAAGUGUCGAGAGAUCCUUCAUGUUACCGAUACCUUGUAUAAGGGGCAGUUGGAAUGGUAUUGUGCUCGUGUGGACCCCUUCACACUUCGAGACUUGGACAAGGGCACAGUACCCAACUACAACAGGGCUUACCAGCUCUUGAAGAUACAGAUAGCAAUGUGGCAGAAAAGCUGCAGGAAUAAGCUGAAGAAACGGACCUUGAAGCAGCUUCGCCUGGUGAAACUCAAGAAACAGGAUGAGAACCCUUGGCUGGACUCUUGCCCAGCUGGAGUUGAAAAACCAUACAGUCUGGUUCAUCCUAUAAUGGUUCAGACCCGUCGCCCCGUUAUGCUUUCCCCUGGAUGCUUAGCCCCUCUGCUCCUGAGGAAUCUUCUGGAUCUCCCUUCUUCACGUCAGGAUUUCUGCUUUAGCCCAGCGGAUAACCUUGCAAAACAAAGAGCAUUCUGUGCUUCUUCCAAGAAUGUUGUUAAUGCUGAGAGGCUCUCUCAGAGUCAGAGGGACUGUGGGAUGAUCCACAUGAUCCAGGAAGCUAUUAAAAAGAACCAACACUGUCUGCUGGAGCUGGAGGUCCAGCUGGUAAAGGACCUAAUUAAAAGUGAAAUAUACCCCAUCAUUAUCUAUGUUAAAGUCACUGAGAAAAAGAUCAAAGGAAUCAGGAGCCUAUUAGGGAAGCCGGGGCAGCGAGAAUCUGAGGUGCUGAAGAAAUGUCAAAGAGAUGAAUGGGUUCUCCAUACCUUACCCUGUUUGUGGGUAUGGGUAGAUCCUCAGUCCUGGAGCAGUUCAGAGGACCUGGUAAAGGUGGUACGGGCCCACAUCUUCCAGGAACAAACCAGGAUGGUGUGGAUUGAGGAGAAUGAUAUGUGAUAGAUGAUACUGGUGGAUUCAUUUGUGCAGAAGAAUGGCCUCUGCAGGACAGAGGCAUAGGCUCUACAACCCACCAACAUUGCCUUAUAUUUGUCAUUUAUCCCAUAUAAAGUAGACGUUUGGUAUAUCUGGCAUGUUCAUGAUCAAGGUCAUUUCUUUUUUUUUCUUAAGCCAAAAAAUUGGGAGGUAAUGAAUGAAUGAAUAUAAAUAAAAGAAAACUAUGGCUAAAACUUGAUUUUGGUUUUGCGUAGUGUCAUACUUUUUAACUGUAAUUAAUUUUAUCCACUUCAUCAAUUGAUAAUUUUAACAUUCUUUACAAACAUAUAUGUAAACAUUUUCUAUGUAUGUUCUUGUUAGACUUAUUUUUGCAAGUCUUUCUCCAUAAUAUAUUUACAUGUGGAUUACAUUUAGUUUUGUAUAUAGAUUUGUUAGAUAAUUAAAUUGGAGAACCAUUUUUAAAAAUAUGAAGACAUGCAAAUUAAUAUAUAAUUGUAUUUUGAUUCUUGCAUUGAUUCAACAUGUAGUUGAUACUAGCUAAACCUGAAUAUCUAAGCAGGGAUAGAUGAAAGAGCACCAGAAAAUCCUGGGGCU